GCGCGGGCGACUGCGCAUACUCCCGCUGCCGCCCGGCAGCAGCAUGGCGGCGUCUUCUAGUGGCGAGAAGGAGAAGGAGCGGUCGGGAAGCGGCUCGGGAGCGGCGAGCGGUAACAGCACACGGGAACGGCUGCUGUCUGCUCUGGAAGAUCUGGAGGUCUUGUCGAGGGAACUUAUAGAAAUGCUGGCAAUUUCAAGGAACCAAAAGUUAUUACAGCCAGGAGAGGAAAACCAAGUACUUGAGUUGCUAAUUCACAGAGAUGGGGAAUUUCAAGAAUUGAUGAAAUUGGCACUUAACCAGGGAAAAAUCUAUCAUGAAAUGCAAGUUUUAGAAAAAGAAGUAGAGAAGAGAGACAGUGAUAUUCAGCAACUGCAAAAACAGUUGAAGGAAGCAGAACAAAUACUGGCAACAGCUGUUUACCAAGCAAAAGAAAAACUCAAAUCAAUAGAAAAAGCAAGAAAAGGUGCUAUCUCCUCUGAAGAAAUAAUUAAAUAUGCACAUAGGAUUAGUGCAAGUAAUGCUGUAUGUGCCCCACUGACCUGGGUUCCAGGGGACCCACGAAGACCAUACCCAACUGAUUUGGAGAUGAGAAGUGGAUUAUUGGGUCAGAUGAAUAAUCCUUCAACUAAUGGUGUGAAUGGUCACUUACCAGGAGAUGCACUUGCAGCAGGCCGAUUGCCAGAUGUCCUUGCACCUCAGUACCCAUGGCAGUCAAAUGAUAUGUCGAUGAAUAUGUUACCACCAAAUCACAGUAAUGACUUUUUGUUAGAACCUCCAGGGCAUAAUAAAGAAAAUGAAGAUGAUGUAGAGGUUAUGUCAACAGAUUCCUCUAGCAGUAGUAGUGACUCUGAUUAAAAAAGAAAAAAAAAAAAAAGUAACAAUCAAUUAUUUUAGUUCUGUUUCCUAAACAAUAGCAAACCUGUAAAAUAAUAUAGGUAAUACUGGCUAUAGUAAAAUUGUAUAGCCCAUUAAAAAUCAUAGUGAACUUUGUUUUUAAAGCCAAAAAUCAUGGUUUAAGUUCUAAACCACUAAAUGAAUAUUGAGAGAAUAAUCAAAAUUUAUUAUUGGAAAAAAGAUUAUUCUGUUCAGUGCUAUUUUGCCUUGUUGUACUCCAUUUGUGUUGGACUUGUACAUAGUAGUUUUGGAAAUAAAACUGGAUGGAGAUGACUCAUGUAUAUAUCACUAAUAGGUCUCCUGGAAUUAAUCUGAAGCAUUUUUUGAAAAAGACAGUGAAUCAUUCAUGUACAAAUAACAAAAACCCUCAUUUAAAAGUGAAGGCUCUGUCACAGGAACAGGAGAAAAAUUACCUCAAUUUGUACUAUUUGUAACUAUUGUAAUUUUUAUAAAUAAACUCACUUGUUUAUACUCUUUUUAAGUUCAGUGUACUUUCACUAUAAGCAGGAAAUUCUAUAAACA